AUGGAUCUGUCAGGGCAGGAGGAAGAGACUGUUUUUGAGCCUCCCAGUUCUCAGGACUGUAGGGUCAUCUCUGCAGCCAUCCAUAAAGCUGAUGUCUAUGCAAUAAUGAAAUCACUGGACGAAGGAGCUGUGAAACUAUACAGGAUUAGAAACAGCUUUACAGAAACUGUAUGGCUUUGCAACAACAAGAUCACUGAGUUUGACAGCUUCUUAGCGGAUAAACGUUACAAACUGUUGCCUGCUCACGUGUCAGGAAUGCAGGACCGACACAUUACAAACUUGGGCUCUACCUCUGUGAGAGAAGAGACCUCUAAAGUGUUUUCAAAGACCAAACCCAUUAUUACAGAAUAUGACCCUGAGAUAGUUGAAGAAGUUGAAGAAAGCAAGAUUUCCUACAGGUUCCAGUGUGAGUUUCGUGGCAGGUUCCAGUGCAAAGCUACAGGGCUGGUAUUUGGGAUGAGGGAGCCAGGUACCGUGGAGUAUAGUGUGGACCACUGGGACAUGCACAUGCUUGCUGACACCGACUAUGAGCCUGCAUGUCCUGUGUUUAAGAUCAGCUGUCCAGAGGGACAUAUGUACCAACUGCACCUACUUCACUGCGAGACUGAGGUCUACGCAGCUGAGGCUUUGUCUGUGGCUCACAUAUGCAGCAAUCGUCUGGAGAUUCUGGUACCUAAGAGGGUGACACAUUCACAUGUGAUUAUAAACAUCAAUGGGCUCUCCAGAUGGACUGUUGUCCGCAGCAAGGCAAAAAUUCAAAAACAAAUCAAUGGGCAGGUGCUUCUUUUUUCUGAGCUAAACGUUACAGAAGGACAACACAAGCUCUGGGUUUUACCUAUUGCCCAUAACGUGCCAUACACUGAGGGGAACCGUGACAACCUAAGGCCCAAUGCCCGAUACAGAGUGACCUUGGACCUCGAACAGGGCUUCAGCGUCCAUCCCAAGGAGAAAGAUUUGCAUAUUCAUAAUGGCCCAGAUCAACAUGCCACAUUUACAGUCCUCUUGGACAGUAAAGUUACCAAAUUUAAGCUGAUGAUUCAGGAGUUCAAGAGGAUGGGGCAAAAGAAGGUGUGGAAACGCCAAUGGUUUGAACCGAUAUUGCUAAAGCCAGGAAGCAAUCUCACAGAGUCAGACUGGCUGCAUAAUCUGUGUCGCAUCCUGGAGCACCUGUCAACCAAGGAGUUCAAGAGGCUUAAGUGGCUAAUUAGAACCUCAAAUAAACUCCCACAGCCCAGUAUCUCCAAGAAUGACCUGGAGUGCUUGGAGGAGUGUCACGAGCUUGCAGAGCUAAUGGUAAAGAGCUGGGCGAUGAAUGGCUCCAUUUCAGCCACACGAUUUCUCAUGGAAGAACUGCCACGCAAAGACGAAACAGUGACAUCUUUGCUUCUGCCCUUCCUGGAGCAAUGUGGGGAGCUAAAGGUGGCGUGAGAGUCAGUGGUGUGGACAGCCUUAAAGGACCUUGGGAAGGUGCUUUCCCUCAGGGUUCUAUACUAGAAGCAUCAGGAAAAGGAAAGUAGAAGUGAACUUGCACACUGUUUUGGCUGGACACAACAAAAACCCUAAGGAGAAAGCAAACACACAUUGUUGAACAAAUGCCAGAUAAUGAGAUUUAUUGUGUUCUUUGCAAAGAUUUGUGCUCUUUUGCAUGACGAAAAUGUCUGCA